AUGAGUAAUCAGCAGGGGUAUACUUCAAUGGUUAUAUCUUAUCAAAGUGAAGAAGUUGGGAUAGAUUUGGCCAGUAUUUCAGAUAUUGAAAAAUUUGGAAACGGCUAUUUAACACAUUUUAAAGAUAUUUUCCAUCCAGAUGAAUAUGAUUUCUUAGAAAGUGUACACGAUGCUAAAGAGUUGGAAUGUUUAUUCACAGAGUAUUGGGCAUUGAAAGAGAGUUAUACAAAGAAGUUGGGAAUCGGAUUGAAUGGUGAAUUGGGUGCUUAUAAUUUCCAAAACGUUGCCAAAUUGAGCAAACCAACCAUAAACUCAAUUGAUUCCAGUUCAUUUGACUCCAGCUCAAUUGAUUCCAGUUCAUUUGACUCCAGCUCAAUUGAUUCCAAUUCAUUUGAUUUAAAACCCAAUUCUCACUGGAGUGACUCCACCAAACUAUUCAUCAAUAAUACCCAUAUCCAACCUCUGGACAUCCAUUUAACAAUGCUCAACAACGACAUUGUUCUCAGUGUUUGUGGAGACCAGAUACCCAACACACCUUCACUAAUAAAAAUCCCAUUAUCGUUAAUAACAAAAUUCUUUUCUUGA